AUGGACAGUACUGACCUAGCUAUUGAGAAGCAUGCUUUUGAGUUGUAUACACAUGCAAUUUCUACAGAAGUAAGAAAAGAGAUAUACAAGGGGAAGCUGUUUUGUUACAUUGUAAACACGGAGGAUUGGGAUGAUGGUUGUGUUUACUAUGUGAAUCAAUUGGACAAACGUAACAAUGCAACCAACACAUUCACGGUUAUACUUGAGUUGAGUAACCAGUCGGUAUCCUGUUCAUGCAACAACUUCAUCCGUAUUGGAUAUCUGUGUAGGCACAUUUUUUGUGUUUACCGGGUAAACAAUAUUGAAAGAAUCCCGGCCCAGUAUGUUGUUAAGCGUUGGUCUAGGGACGUGCUUCCUAAAAGUUUAUUUUCUAUUGAGAGUCGAUAUGGCGUUGACACUCGUCCACAAGCUGCUGCGAGAAGUCAGAUUCUUGAGAUCGUAACUGAAUGUGUGGACGCAUUAAGAAGCGAUGUUGGAGGACUUUCCUCUUUCGCUGAGCAGAUAAAGGAACUGAAAUGCAAGUUACUAAAUGGAGGACCAGUUGAUGACAAAGCCAACAAUGAUAACUAUGCUGCUGUUGAAGAAUUGCUUGGUGUUUCUUUAGAUGGGGACGUAACUCUCGACAAUCCAGACGGGAUCAGGAACAAAGGACGCGGCAAACGCCGACGAUUGUCUAGAGCACCUCAGGAUGGAACGAGCAACUCUGCUGUCAAACCUCCCAAAACACCCAGGCUUUGCCGAACCUGUAUGAAGUACGUGACUGGGCAUGAUUCAAGAAAUUGCAAGAAAAUGAAGAACAAGAACAAAUCGGGUAACGAGGACGAGGACUCAAGCUCUGCGAGUCAGGAGUCCACUUGA